CUAGCUUCCGUCUGAACCCAAGCAAACUGCUUGUGGCAUUCGAUGAAAGAAAAGAUGAUCUGGAUGCCUAUUUGCAUAGAUUUGAGACAGUUGCUAAAAGCCAGAAUUGGCCAGAGGAUCAAUGGGCCACUGCAUUGAGUACGUGUUUGAGCGGUGAAGCACUUAGUGUGUACGGUAGGCUGACGCCAACCGAUGCCUCUAAUUAUGGAAGGGUGAAGGCUGCUUUACUGAAAAGAUUUAGGUUCACCGUAGAAGGCUUCCGAGAUAAGUUUAGGACUGGAAAGCCCGCCGAUGGCGAGACUGCCACGCAAUUUGCCGCGCGGCUCAGUCACUAUUUUGAUAGGUGGACUGAACUUUCAGAAACUGCACAGGAGUACGGUGCACUUAGAGAGCUUCUGAUCAAGGAGCAAUUCCUCAUCAGUUGCCACCCGAGCCUGUCACUCUAUCUGAAAGAAAGGAAAGCUAAAACGCUUCAAGAUAUGUUGGAAUUGGCAGACCAAUUUUUGGAAGCACAGGGAGGCACCAAUCUCUCCAAGAUCAGAAAAGAGGAGCCAGGGGACGCAAAGAAACCGGCAUCCGAUGAAAGGAGAAACCCUCCGAAGCCUGUUCCGAGGUGUUAUCUCUGUAACCGACUGGGCCAUCAUGCUAGCAGUUGUCGGACCAACUUUACGCGCCCCAACGAGGUUAAAUGUUUUAAAUGUGGGCGAACGGGGCACAAAGCCGAUUCAUGUCGCAACGGAGUGAAGGAAACUCCCCAAGCAUCCUGUGUGUAUGCCCCGCCAAAACAUCAAGAAGACAUAAACGACGGCUUUGUAGAACUUCGAGACGGAAAAAGAAUUCCGGUCGUUAAUGCGGUGAUGACCCAACGCCCCGAAUUUCCCGAUAAGGUAAUGCCCGUACUUGCCGGAAAAUUGGGAGACAAACAAAUCACGGUGUUACGAGAUUCCGGCACCAGCACAGUGAUCGUGCGAAGGGACUUAGUACAAGACGAGGAGCUCACGGGCGAAACCACUUUAGUUUGCCUAGUCGAUGGUACGGCUAGGAAGCUUCCUGAAGCCAAGAUUGAGGUCGAUACCCCCUAUUACAGUGGGAAAGUCACUGCGCUUUGCAUGGACCACCCACUGUACGACCUAAUCAUAGGAAACGUCGAGGGAGUUCGCGCCCCAGACGAUCCGAAACCUUUGGAAGAAGAGCCGAAGACCGAACCCUCGACGAUUGAAGAGGCACGCGGAAAACCAUCAGCCUCUGACGAAAACACCGCGGCAGCUGUCACCCGAGCUCAAGCAAAGGCUCAGGCAAAACCGUCCCAGCUCCCUUCCAGACCCAAUUCCGAAAAUAAACCGACCGGGACCCAUAACCACGCGAAACACUACUAUAGAAAGACCAAGGACAGAAAAUUUAAAUUUAAGAGCCGUUGACGAUUAUCCGUGGUGCAAAGCGUUUUGAUUGAGUGCACCGAGUGUUUGUUUAUGUAUCAUGUUUAUGUUUAUGUAUUUGUUUGUGUUCUGUAAACUACCCUGUCAGUUUUGUAUACUUGUUGCACAUGUUAUAUUUCAAAUGAUUGUCUUGUUAUGAGAGAUGUAUUAUUGUGUAAUAUAAGUGUACCAGUUAUACGAGCGAUGUGUUAUUGUGCAGUCCACGCGUACUUUUGUGACUUGUGUUUGUAUUCGAUGUAUCGCAAGUGAUGUGUGAAUUGUGGUGGACUGAUUUAUGGACUUACGGACUCGUGUGUAGUGGACUUUUGUGCGCGCUUCUUUUGUGUUUCUUUGAAUAUUAUUGCAUAAUAUUCUUAAAGUGGGGGGCAGUGUCACAAAAGAGCGCGUAAUCAAAGCGCGCGCCGAGUGUCGCGCAAGCCAGCGAAAGAACACGCCGGUCCCGCGGCAACUUCAACAGAGGGGGAGAGCGCAUACGCCUCAAGCAACCACGCUAACAACGGCGCCGAAACGUCUGGAACGAGGUUCGACGAAGCGACGUUAACCGGAGAGAGAGAGAAAGCACACGCGCGCGCCGAGACUCCUUCUCACCCGGCGAGCCGAGAGAGAUAACAACAGCGUGAGCGUGCGUGAACAGCAUGAGUCAUCAUCACCCCCCCUCGAGAAUGUUCCGAAAGCAGCGGUCGAAGGUACGAGAAAAGAGUAGAAGCUUCCCAAGCUUUGGCCGUGCUACGGAAUCACAACUCCGAUCGAAUGUUCGAGAAGGACCGUCGACGGCUAUAUAAACGCCGUGCGAGCAUUGUCAGUUAGGAAUCCAGGAUUCGGAGUCCAGUGAGGAAUUCAGGAGUUGAGAGUUCAGACCGCUCCGGUAAAGAGAUGUAAUGUGAAGACAGACCGUCAGCGGAAGAAGGGGACUCCCCGGCAAGCUAGUCGACGAGUUCAUCGAGC